GAGACAGCAAAAGCAAAAAAAGGAAAAAAAAAAAAGAAAAAGAGAGAGAGAGAGAGAGAAUAUGAGGCCAGCCAAUAGAGCCUAGCCUUCACCUUUGUCUUUUACAUUGGGUUUUUGCCGUUGUAUAUGUUUAUAUAACUCAAAAACUCUUGCUGGCUCUCAGAGGGAGGUGAGGGACUUCUGCAGCCUGCAAUUCUGUCUGCUUUGGUUGUCCACCUCUCUUCAUAUUGUUGCAUAAACAAAGAAAAAAAAAAACAGAAAACGGUUUGUUGAUUUGAGCUUGGAUCUGAGAAAAAAAAUGGAGAAGGAAAAGAAGUCUCCAGUUUCUGAUGUAGGAGCAUGGGGUAUGAAUAUUGUGAGCUCUGUGGGCAUUAUCAUGGCCAACAAGCAGCUCAUGUCCCCUCACGGCUUUGCUUUUGGCUUUGCCACAACUUUGACUGGCUUCCACUUCUCUGUUACCGCAUUGGUUGGUCUGGUGUCAAAUGCCACUGGUUACUCUGCAUCAAAGCAUGUUCCUUUGUGGGAACUUGUUUGGUUCUCACUUGUAGCCAAUGCUUCAAUCACUGGAAUGAACUUGAGUCUCAUGCUCAACUCUGUUGGAUUUUAUCAGAUAUCGAAGCUGAGCAUGAUUCCCGUGGUAUGCAUGAUGGAAUGGAUUAUUCAUGGAAAACAUUUUUCAAGGGAGGUCAAGAUGGCUGUGGCAGUGGUGGUUGUAGGUGUGGGAAUAUGUACAGUGACUGACGUGAAAGUUAAUGCCAAAGGUUUCCUCUGUGCUUGUGUGGCUAUCUUGUGUACAUCCUUACAACAAAUUUCAAUAGGUUCCUUACAGAAGAAAUACUCAAUAGGCUCUUUUGAAUUGCUUAGCAAGACAGCCCCAAUCCAAGCUCUCUCCCUUCUUGUUCUUGGUCCAUUCGUUGAUUACUUUCUUACUGGAAAACUUCUGUCAGAGUACAAGUUUUCUUCUGGUGCAUUUUUUUUCAUACUACUCUCAUGCUCCCUAGCCGUAUUUUGCAACAUCAGUCAGUACCUCUGCAUUGGACGCUUCUCAGCAGUCUCAUUCCAGGUUUUAGGCCACAUGAAAACAGUAUGUGUCCUGACAUUGGGGUGGCUACUCUUUGAUUCACAGCUCACAUUCAAAAACUUGCUCGGAAUGGCUCUUGCGGUUCUUGGCAUGAUAGUAUACAGUUGGGCUGUGGAGGCUGAGAAGCAACCCAAGAUCCUCCCUAGUACAAGAGACAAUCUGUCAGAGGAGGACCUGAAACCAUUGAAGGAUGGAAUAGCAGAGAGUCCAUUGAAAGACACAGAGCUUGGCGAGUCUAAGGUAUAGGCUUAUCACAGGGCAAAAAGCUUUUUCUUGGACUCAUCUUAUGCCCCUGCUAAAGUACAUGUUUUGACAUUCAUCUGCUCAUGCAGCAGAGUCUUACAAUCUAAUUCUAUUUAUUCACAAAAUAUGUUCAAUUUUUUUUAUCUAUUUAUUUUGUCAGAAAGCAAUUAAUAAUGAAUUUUAGGCUGAACCAGUUGUUGAUGGUCGUAAAAUAUUUGUAUAUGCAUUUCAGUAUUGAGAAAAAGUACAAUUAAUUAAUGCUUUAUUUAUUUUUUUCA